UUUCUUUUGUGUAUAGCAGACCGAAACGAAAGAUUGCCCGUUUUCCCAAUUAAACCCAAACCACCUCCACGCACGGCCUUGACACCUCCUCGCAAUUAAACGAUUUUUCCGAUGAUAAUACCGUAAUUUCAGACUCACACUUCAAACCCACCCUAUUCGUCCUCCCUCAAGUAACGACCUCACCCGAGCCCAACCCCUUCCUUUCCUCUCUCGCUCUCGCUCUACUAAUUCCAAAAAAAUAAAAGAAGCCAGAUCUACGAAGCUCCAUUUUGCAAAAGAAAGCCCUAGUCUCUCGAUCUAUCCCUCUCGGUCUCGUCGAUUUAGAUUGGGUUCGGUUCGGGAGCUCUGAACGAUGGGCGAUUUCAAUCUCGCUCUUGUGAUCGUCGCCAUAGUCGUGUGCAUCCUCGUCUUCAUCUUCAAUGUCUACCUCCUCGUCAAUUACCAGCACCCUGACGAUGCCAACCAGGCCUAUUUCCCCAAAUUCGUCGUCGUAUUGGGUCUUUCCGUCGCCGCCAUUUCUAUACUGAUGCUACCGGCCGACGUGGCUAACCGGCAGGCGUGUAGGCACGCGAUAUACAAUGGCGCGUGUAAUCUAACCCUGCCAAUGAAGGAUUUGUGGCUCGCUAUCUAUAUUCUCGACGCCGUGCUCGUAUUCUUUGUUAUCCCCUUCGCCAUGUUCUACUACGAAGGGGACCAAGAAAAGAGUGUUGGUAAGAGGAUCAAAAGCGCGCUGCUGUGGGUGGGGACGACGGCUAUUGUGUGUGGUCUGGUGCUUGGCAUUUUAUACGGACUGAUUGGAAAGGUGGACUUCACUGUUAUGCACCUUUCUUCUUCCACAACUUCCUUCCCUACCACGUGGGACUUCUCUAGUAGUCAACAGUGUAUUGGAGGCACACACCAGUGCUCUGCGUAUACUGCAAGUGCUUCUUCGGAGAAAACUUGGACUAUGCGCACUACCUUUCCAGAAUAUGUUGUCGCCCUUGCUACCAUUGUUGGAUCUGUGCUUUUUGCUAUAUUUGGUGGUGUUGGUAUUGCUUGUCUGCCGUUGGGACUUAUAUUUUCAUUCAUCAAGCGCCCAAAGGCUGUUAUCACUCGCUCGCAGUAUAUCAAGGAAGCCACUGAACUAGGUAAAAAAGCGAGAGAAUUGAAGAAAGCAGCUGACUCCCUCCAGCAAGAAGAAAGAAGUGGUUCUAAGGGCCGAAAGUGGCGUAAAAAUGUCAAGGCAGUAGAAAAGGAGUUGCUUCAGUUGGAAGAAGAUGUGAAGCUCCUUGAAGAGAUGUAUCCUCAAGGAGAAAAGGCUGAGACUUCUUGGGCUUUGACUGUGCUUGGGUACUUGGCUAAACUUGUGCUGGGAAUUUUAGGGUUGAUUGUUUCAGUGGCAUGGGUUGCACAUAUUGUCAUAUAUCUGUUGAUUAACCCUCCUCUUUCUGCUUUUCUGAAUGAGGUUUUCAUCAAGCUGGACGAUAUCUGGGGUCUUCUGGGUACUGCAGCAUUUGCAUUCUUCUGCUUUUACCUUCUCCUUGCCGUUAUUGCGGGGGCAAUGAUGCUUGGUCUGAGAUUAGUUUUCAUUACGAUUCACCCCAUGAAGUGGGGAGCCACACUUAUGAACUCGUUUCUGUUUAAUGUUGGUCUUAUUCUUCUUUGCUCCAUCAGUGUGAUUCAGUUCUGCUCCACUGCAUUUGCAUACUAUGCUCAAGCAACUGCAGCACAAGAAAUCUUUGGCCACACGCUGGAAUCACUUCGUGGAAUUAGAUAUUUGUACAAAUACAAUGUCUUCCAAAUUGCAUUUGUUGCUCUUGCGGGAUUGACCUUUGUGUAUUAUGCUGCCUUUGGAUGGAGAAGAAGGAAACCCAGUGGCAGGUUCCAACUUUCUACUUAAUGUGUGUUUUGCCUACAAGAGCAUGCACCCACCUGUCAGCAUCAGGAGUCUUAAAUUUUAUUCUCUCUUUUGGAGUGAUUUCAUUUUGGAUUUGUAUGGCCUAUUGCUGUUCUACGCUGAGAGGUCAGAUUUGAAAGGUCAGUGAAGUAGGCAGAUAUCAUCCGAGUUGAAUUGGGUUACUGCAGCAAGAGCAGCAUGGUGAGUGCUGCUGAUAUUGCUAUCGUUUCUUCUUUGUUCCCUCCUUUUGUAUGUAUUAUUCCUUUGUUUAACUUGUGUCAUACAUUGGCUUGGGCAUGCAAGUGAGAAUAUUUUGCACCUGUGGGAACUAGGUUUUGAGAACUUCCCUUGAUGUAAUAUAGCCAUUAAGAUUUAAAAAAAAGUCGUAUUAGCCAUCCCUUUUCCGCUCA